GGCUUAGAAGGUCUCCGCCGCGACUGCGCAUGGGAAGCUGAUUGCCGCUGCGGCCGCCUGGAAUUGUGGGGCUUGUGUCUGCCCCUCCGCUGUCUGGCGGGAAGGCGAAGGCCCAGCUUCUCAUCUUCAGCAUCCUGAAGACCUCUCCUCCCCUGCCAAUAUGGACAGUCAUUUCUAGUGACACAUAGCUUUGGAAUUUGAUGCCUAGUGACUUAGGCAUAUUUGAGGAACCUGUUAUGUGCAUGUGCUGCUGGUCUCUUAACUAUGCUGCCUCCUGGCUUACCCCCAUUCAGAAUGGCUCCUCGGGGUCUGCUGCUAGGAUUGCUGAUGGCCUCCUGCUUUACUGUCUGCCUCAGUCAUCAGAGCCUGGGGUUUGCAUUGACCAACCCAGAGAAGAGCAGCACCAAAGAAGCAGAGAAAAAGGAAGCCAUAGCAGAGGAGGAACUGGAAUCUGAGGUCCUGGAGGUGUUUGAUCCAACCCAUGAGUGGCAGGCUCUUCAUCCAGGUCAGGCUGUUCCUGCAGGAUCCCAUGUUCGACUGAAUCUCCAGACUGGAGCAAGAGAAGUGAAACUUCAAAGCGAUGACCAGUUCAGAAAUAAUUUAAAAGGGCUGAAAAAAGGCAGAAGGCUGAACAUCAACACCAAUACCUACACAUCUCAGGACCUCAAAAGUGCACUGGCAAAAUUCAAGGAGGGAGCAGACAUGGAGAGUUUCAAGGAGGACAAGGAAAGGCAGGCCAAAGUUAAACAGCUGUUUCGUCCCAUUGAGGAACUGAAGAAGGACUUUGCAGAGCUGAAUGUUGUCAUUGAGACUGACAUGCAGAUCAUGGUACGGCUCAUCAACAAGUUCAAUAGUUCCAGUUCCAGCCUGGAAGAGAAGAUUGCUGCACUCUUUGACCUUGAAUAUUAUGUCCACCAGAUGGAUAAUGCACAGGACCUGCUGUCCUUCGGUGGCCUUCAAGUGGUGAUUAAUGGGCUGAACAGCACAGAGCCCCUGGUGAAGGAAUAUGCAGCUUUUGUGCUGGGGGCUGCCUUUUCCAGCAACCCGAAGGUCCAGGUGGAGGCCAUCGAGGGCGGCGCGCUGCAGAAACUGCUGGUCAUCCUGGCCACUGAGCAGCCUCUCGCUGCAAAGAAGAAGGUCCUGUUUGCACUGUGCUCCCUGCUGCGACACUUCCCGUAUGCCCAGCAGCAGUUUCUGAAGCUGGGCGGGCUGCAGGUCCUGCGGAGCCUAGUGCAGGACAAGGGCACAGAUGUGCUGGCCGUGCGCGUGGUCACCCUGCUCUAUGACCUGGUCACUGAGAAGAUGUUUGCAGAGGAGGAGGCCGAGCUGACCCGGGAUAUGUCCCCACAGAAGCUGCAGCAGUACCGCCAGGUGCAUCUUCUGCCCAGCCUGCAGGAGCAGGGCUGGUGUGAGAUCACUGCACGCCUCCUGGCCCUGCCUGAGCACGAUGCCCGAGAGAAGGUGCUGCAGACUCUGGGUGCCCUGCUGGCCACCUGCCGGGAUCGCUACCGCCAGGACCUCCAGCUCAGCCAGACGCUGAGCAGCCUACAGGCUGAGUACCAGGCAUUGGCUGCCCUGGAGCUGCAGGAGGGUGAGGAAGAUGGCUACUUCCGGGAGCUGCUGGGCUCCAUCACCAGCUUGCUGAAGGAGCUGAGAUGAGGUUCCCCGACACAGGGGCUGGACUGGGCCAGUGAGGCCGAGGGCACCAGCAGGGGGCCUCUGAGGGGACACCAUGCAGGAGGGAGGCCUUCCCUGUGGGCAGAGGUGUGACCUGGGCAGUGCUGGCAUGGCAUUAAAUAGAGGCAUCAAGGCCA